GAAUAUACAAGUGCGAAAAAUGCGCGAGAAAAAACAAAAAUUGUUUAGUUCAAUGUAUUGAUUGUUAUAAAAACAAUCUUCCAUUUUCCGAAGAAUGCAAAAACUGUAAAGUGGUUAUUGACGCUAAUUUUAUUGUUGAAAAUGGCCGAAUAUAUGUUCACACAAGUAAUGGAACCAAGGCGGAAGUAGAACAAGGUCAUUUUCGCACUAAAAUUUACAAUAAUAUUUGUACAGAAAAGCUUGAGGCUCUUCUAAAAUUAUUGCCGAAUGAAAAUAAUAUUCCCAAUUCUACCAUAAGGCAUGAUCAACCUUCUGUGUCGACUGUCAUCGAUCCUGUUCCCAUUAAUCCAGUUCCUGAACGAAAUUAUUCUAACGCUGUAAACUUCUACGAACCUCAAUAUUUAUCACCUGUCCAACUCUAUGAAUCUCCUGGCGAGAACUAUGUUCGUAACUUCUUUUUAAAUGAAUUUCCUGAUGAUAAUUCUGCUCUUUAUUCUCCUUUUUUUUAUGAAUUUCCUGGUGAUAAUUUCGUUCUUUGUUUGCCUUUUUUUUAUGAAUUUUCUGACCAUGACUUCAUUUCUGACUCAUUCUUUCUAUGA